UGUGAGUAUUGCAACGUGACCGGAGGAGUUUGUACCAGUAAAAAAUAGACAAAAUGCUUAUGGAAAGCUAUUCCUGACGAUGGAAGUUCCUACUUCCAUGCCCUGAUUGUCUGUUAUAUUCCACCGUGUUUGCUAUAAAAGGAACCAGUAUGAUGCCUGGUGUCUCAUUACGUCGUGCUUAAUUAUUUUCCUACCUUCAGACGCGACGUAGGCCUACAUCAAGUACAUGUAGCUUAGCUUAGUUAGCACUGAUUCAGUGAUUGACUUAGCGGGUGAUUUCGAUGCAAAGUUCCGUCACUUCCGUAAUACAUAAAAAGUUUAAGACAGAAAUACUGGAACAAUAGGCUAUAUAUAUGACAUAAUGAGCAAACCCAGUCUGUGCAUAUUUUUCGACAAGGUGGGAGCCGUGUACUCCCGUGAUGACAUCAUUUCAGGAAAGGUGAAAGUAAAAGUUGGCAACCAGGGCUUGGAGAACAUUAAAGGUGUGUGGAUUCAGUUCACCUGUACUGCCUGGGUGAAAAUCAGUUCAAGCUAUGACAAUGAAGACCACGAGCAGAGGCAUCAGUACCUCAACUCCACUCUUUGUGUUUUUGGAGCAAGAAAAAGUGAAUCGGCAAAACCGGGCUUGACUCUGUCCGCAGGAGAUCACUCCUUCCCGUUCAAGUUCCGCCUCCCUAACGACAAACCCCUCCCUGCCCCCUUCGAGGGCGUCCACGGCUAUGUCCGCUACCGGGCCAAGGCGACCCUCUGCAUCAAUCGGGUAAUCCUCAAUAAGGAGCACUCCACCGAGAGAGCGUUCAGCAUGCAUGGACCGACAGUGGACCUCAACAGCAUGCCCAGGUUAAAUCUCAAGGCUCCAGUAAGUUGCAGGACCGACGUUCGCAACCUGUUCGGACUUGGCAUGACCACCGGCACGGACGUCACCUUUUGCCUCCCCAAGAGAGGCUACAUCCCCGGCGAGAAUGUCAUUGUGACUGGUCAUGUGAACAACGCAAGCGGGAAAGAGCAGCGAAAUAUCGAAGUGGCCCUUAUCCAGGAAACGACCUACAGAGUCAAGGAGUUUCUGGUGGAUGCCACAAACGUCCACAACAGGAGACUGUCGAGGUCAUUCGGCAGUGUCGCGUGUCCUCAGGGCAAGGUGACGCCCUUCAGAAUGAAGGCCCUGCAUAUCCCACCCAGCGUGCCGGCCUCGGGAAUGCCUGGUUGCCAGAUGAUUAACGUCCAGUAUUACGUCAAGUGCAAUACAUCAGGCUGCAUUGAAACACUGUUCCGGUUAACGGUUGGCACGGUACCACUCCGUGAUGUGGCUGCCCCGGCAGUACCACCUGCAGUGGAUGCAAUACCAUCGGCACCUCAGCUGGACAAAGCAAACACAGGGGCUCAUCAGAUUCCAUGUCCUCCAGUUGUAAAUGGUUUGGCCUCCCGUUUUGAUGACGCCCCACCAACGUAUGAGGAGGCCAUUGGCAGCCGAACGACGUUAACCAACGGUGUCAAACACUGAUGACCUUUUCUAAUGUUUGAUAAUUUCUGGUGGCAGUCACACAAUCACACAUUCACUAAGGAUGGAGGAGGCGGUGUUAACAGACAGUGUGGGAGGCCUGAGAGCUGCCUCAAAUGGAUGUGAACCUCAACAUGUAUAUGGGGGCAUUUUUAGAAAAAAAUUCCCGCUGUAAAGUGUUUAAAUAACCAGUUUAGAAGGAGGAAGAAGGAAAAGACAUUGAAUUUUUUUUUUUAAAUUGAAAGAGUGGGAGUUCUCUGACUUGUAAAACAGUAAUUAAAGAGCUGUGCAACAUGUACAGUUGAACCUCGUUAAUAAGAGCACUGUUAAUACAAUAUUCUGCUUGAGACAAGGACGUUUUUAAGUCCCGAUUCUUUCUUUUUUCAUUGUUUUCAUUUCUGUUAUAUCAAAGUAAUUUGCCAAAGGACCUCGUGUUAACGAGUUUUGACUGUAAUCCACACUAAGUGAAAUUAGAAGAACAAUCAACUAUUCGAAGAUGUCAUCAGCGGGACAUCUGUGCCCUCCGUUUCUGCCCUGUUGACUGUCAUUUCUUCACAAACAUUUUAAUUGUUACUUUCUUCAGCAUUCAUAAAUACCUAAAAUAGUUUAGCCAUUCCUAUUGGUCGAUGGAGAACCAAGUCUUAAACGAACAUUUACGAAUAAGACUGGCCAAGUACAUAUUUAUUAUUUCCCUUAGUUUUGCGAGAAUGAAAGUUGCCAACCAAUAUUAAAAAUUUAAAGCAGUAUGGAUGGAGGAUUUUGUACAAAUUAGUGUAAGCUGUACCGAUAUACCUUCAUACUUUAUCAAGAAAUAUUCCAUUUUUAAAAUUUUAUUUUUAAAUUAUACAAACAGCUAUUUCAUAUGUGAAAACUUAUUAACUGCAAUAUGUUUAUUCUUUAAUAAAUUGAAUUUGAGUUUUUCUUUUA